AUGGCGAAAAGCAGACCUGCUGGUCAAAACACCCGCGCGGCGAGGCGCGCUGCCACCCCCGAGGACAAGUCCAUAGCCGCUUUACCACGAGCAGAUUCCCCCACUACUUCGCGACCUUCCCUCUUGGCCGAUCGUGCAAAUAUCGGCGUUUCGAAAAAGAAGAAAAACAACAGCAAGAUUACAAGGGCACAGCGUUUGAGACAGCAGAAGGGACUGGAGAGAGCCGAGGCCGUCUCUGACCAGUUGCUUCUCAAGAGAUCCAAAAGCAUUGUUAAAGCGAAGGCCAUCAAAACAAGAAGUUCUGAGUGGGAGGAUACCAACCGCACUGCAUCCGCAUUUGCAGCUCUCCAACAAGACGACGAAGACGACGAAGAUGACGAGGACGAUGCCAUGGCCGAGGACAAGCCGCAGCAAAAGCCUAGGGCAAAUAUCUUUGAAGCUCCAGCGGAGCUGGAGGAUGCGGACCCUGCCCCGGUUGACGAAGAUGAUGAAAUCACUUGA